GCCAUCUCCCCCGUUACAACAGCACAGCACAGUGUACCUCUAAGACAACCGCCGAGUCGCGGCAACAGAGACAGAGAUAGACAGAGAGAGAGGAAGAAAGAGGGAGGGACAGAUAGAGAGGGGAGAAGGACGACCACGGAGCAAAACACAUCACCGUCUCUCUCUGACAUCCCCCCUUGCUUGCGUGUAUCUGUGUGUGAGCCUGAGCUGAGGAGAGGACAGAAAUUGAAGCCGGGGAAAUUCUCCCUCUCUCUUUUAUUUUCCCUCUUUCUCCAUCCAUCAUCCAAGGAUUGAAUACCGGUGUCAUCUGCCACAGAGGGAUCAAAUGAAGGGAUGCUUUGAAUGUUGUCUCUGUAUAUGACAAGUCACACAGCGAAGCAGAAAGAAGCAAAACAAGCAGGGACAAAACCAGGAUUUUGAUAAUGAACAGGAGUCCUUCCACAGCAUGUGUUAGGAAUAGCAGUCCAUCACUGAAGCCCACGGAGCCUACCCUCACGACGUGACAGUGCACAUGGUCUGGAUGCCACCAGCCGCCCUGCUAUGCUACACAGCUAAAGUUCCACUUCAAUUCGUCACCAGCCACAGCGCCCAUCCCCACCGCUCUCCAAGUUUGUCCAAUUAAGGGAUGUGUGAGGACUAAGAGGCCAGGGUUACAGACCACAUUAGAACAAAAUACUGGCGAGAUCCUUGCUAGCUGCAGAUGGGCAGAACACUGUUGAUUCCCUGGCCAGUUGUCUUCCAUCCAGGUCUCAGGGUGGUGUUUCCUGGCUGUAUGAGGAGGCAUGGCUUGCUGAGAUGUCGUGGACGAUCACACCACUCUGCUCGACGUGCUGCUGCUGUGCGGGCCUGGCUCCUCCAGCUGCACCACUGCAUCACUGAUGGUGCCAUGAUCCAGCUCUAACUGUGGGUAAUGACGAGACAUAAAACCAAUCCUGGAGAUGCCGAAGAGAAGAGACAUUCUUGCCAUCGUGUUGAUAGUGUUACCGUGGACUCUGCUCAUCACCGUUUGGCACCAAAGUGCAAUCGCUCCGCUGCUCGCCAUCCGCAAGGAUGACGGAGCCGACGGAGGAAGGAGGGACGUGGGCCAGGCCAGCGACUCUAAGGAGUACUGCUCCUCUGAUAAGGAUAUAGUUGAGGUGGUGAGGACGGAGUACGUGUACACACGGCCGCCACCAUGGUCCGACGUGCUUCCCACCAUCCACAUCAUCACCCCAACCUACAGCCGCCCGGUCCAGAAGGCAGAGCUGACGCGGCUGGCCAACACCUUCCUCCACGUGGCCAACCUGCACUGGAUCCUGGUGGAGGACUCUCAGAGAAGGACCCCGCUGGUCACACGCAUGCUCAGGGAAACGGGCCUCAACUACACCCACCUGAACGUGGAGACUCCCAGGAACUAUAAGCUGCGUGGGGACACGCGGGACCCCAGGAUACCCCGGGGCACCAUGCAGAGGAACCUGGCACUGCGCUGGCUCAGAGAGACCUUCAAUUCCAACAGCAGCCAGGCGGGCAUCGUCUACUUCGCUGAUGACGACAACACCUAUAGCCUGGAGCUAUUUGAGGAGAUGAGGUCAACAAGGAAGGUAUCUGUAUGGCCCGUGGCCUUCGUUGGUGGUCUGCGCUACGAGUCGCCCAAGGUCAACGCAGCGGGCAAGGUGUACGGCUGGAAGACUGUAUUCGACCCUCACCGGCCCUUUGCCAUCGACAUGGCAGGCUUCGCCAUCAACCUGCGGCUCAUCCUCUUCAAGCACCAGGCCUACUUCAAGCUGCGGGGAGUGAAGGGAGGCUACCAGGAGAGCAGCCUGCUCCGAGAGCUGGUCACACUCAAUGACCUGGAGCCCAAAGCUGCUAAUUGCACUAAGAUUCUCGUUUGGCACACUAGGACGGAAAAACCUGUCCUUGUAAAUGAGGGGAAAAAAGGAUUUACAGACCCCAACGUGGAGAUUUGACGUUGUCUCCUCGGGAAAUGGUAAAGAGAGAAAUUAUUCAAAUGAGGUCACAUCUCAGACUUAUUUUACUCAUUUUAAAAAAUAUUUUUUUAGGACCUCUGGCGAACAGGAAAAUGGUAAGCGUCCCAAUGAUAAGCACAUUUCGGGAUAUUGUUUUACACCCACAUUUUUGGGCUAAGAAGGUCACCAAUAACUGUAAGCGUUAUUACAUCCAAUUGAUCUGUACUGCAAAUUGACUUAAUUAUGAAUGCGUGUAAUUUCUCAGUGAGUCCCUACUAUCUGUUCCAGGUGGUUGUCUAAUAUGGACCCUGAGAAUAAAAAGAGAAGAUCUCCCAGUGCAAACAGUGUUCAUGUCUUAAUCAUCUCAGAAAAGACUGCCUCGGGAGCACAAUCCUAAUCCCCUUGACUGAAACUAAACACUUUUAAUAUUGAGAUUAAAACAGUACAAAUGUAUCAUAUUAAAGCACAGAUUAGUUCAAGAUGGCAAUAUUUAUCAGGUUAAUUGUUGCUAGCAGCACCAACAUCAAGCAGACGGUGAGAGCUGAGUCAUUAAGGAUCAACGGGAGAUCGAUGCUCUCGGAACCUGCAUGGUACCAUACUGCGUCUGUAGUGUCCUAACACGAGACAGCACAACACAAACAUUGCAGGGAGAGAGGGAGUUAGGCAGCCAAUGAGAUGGAACAUUACUGGCCUGAACAGGCUAAUGAGAUAUCCAUUGUCUUUCCCUCUAUAGACGUGGAUCUACAGUCUACAGGGCAGGGGAUGAGAUCCUGAGAUCUUAGUAGGGUCUGUAAGAGACUGGAGGAUCUGAUUGAACACUGAGCCCCUGGACACCUUUAAUAGACAUGUACUGAAAUGUCCUCCACGUCUUCAGAACGAACAAUAUUGGAGAAUCCGAACAAGUCAUCUCUCAGAAGAUCAAUUCUACUUUCAGCAAACACUGAAAGUUCAAAAGGGAAGGAAUGUCCUUUUUGUAUAACUAAAACUGUCUGCUUUUAUUUAAUUCGUUUGUUUUUGGUGUUUAAAUACAUUUUCUUGCUAGUUCAAUACUAUU